AUGGCCGCUUCUCUCCCUCCUUCCUCCCCCUGGCCUCGGGACUCCACCCCAAGGCUCCGGUUCCACCUGGGCCACACCCACCGGCUGGUCAUCUCCCGGCGCCCCCCGCGAGGUUCGGGCCUCUGCCGCGGACUCCCACUGCGCUCUCGGAGGCGUCUCCGAGCACAGGCCGACAGGUCCUGUCUUGUGACAGGCGAGGAGCCGGGCGGGCCCUUCCCGGCGGAUCCGGAGCGGGGAGCGCCGUGCGGAGGCCCGAGCAGAAGCCGCGUCCUGAAGCCCCAAACCGAGCUGGUGACCUUCAAGGAUGUGGCUGUGGAAUUCAGCCCGGAGGAGUGGGGUCUGUUGGACCCGGAUCAGAAAGAGCUGCACAAGGAGGUCAUGCUGGAGAAUGCAGAGAACUUGCUCUCCCUGGGACUUCCAGUUCCCAGAGAAGAUUUCAUCUCCCAUGUGGAGAGAGGAGGCCUGAGGAAUGCCUGUCUUGAUGCAGAGACACCAUUUGAUAUGAAGGAGGGCCCCACUAUUCUCUCAAUCCCUCAGCUCACAACCAAGAUGUCCUCCAUGAAUCCUGUUUCUUACCCCCAUUUAUAUCAUGUCAACCCUGCAACAUCUCUGCAAUCCAUCUUCUCUCCUCUGAUGUUUCCACCUUCUUGCUGUAGCUCCUUGUCACCUCACCCUUGGAGUAUUGCAGCAGCCUGCUUGUGAGUUGGCCUGAUUCCAAACUGUCUGACUCCAAAGCUUCCUUCACUUAGCCAACAAGGUGAUUUUCCUAAAGAUCCAAUUUUCUGGAUUCAUUAAACACCAGGGAUUUUCUACCAAACUGCAAAUGUGAACCCUUUUUAUUCCACUCUGGUUACAACUCCUUCUUACACCUUAGUUCUUUGGGAUCUCAUGACAAUGGCUUCUUUGCUAUUCCAGGAAAAUGAUACCCUAUCUCUCACCUUCAAGACAUUUCUCUGGCUCAUUUGCUCUCCUUCAUUUGUAUCUCCCAGUUACCUUCAUUUUCAACUUAAAGGUUUCCUUUAAACCUUGAACUGUGUGGGGCAGAAGACCACCAACUUCAACAAAUCGAGGCUUCUCAAGGUAGAAAACGAAGGAGUUUUAAUUUGACAGUCCUUGGAGAUUUGACCCUGUGGGGUCUGGCAGUAAAGAGAAGCAAUGGACAGUAAACAGACAAUAAGUACAUAAGAGGUGCGGGGUAACACUCCCUAUAGGUUGGAUUUUGCCUUGAUUUGUCAGGACAAAUGACCUCACAUUCCAAGUCAUAAAUGAGAAAAAACUUCUAGCCCAAACACAUCUUUAGGAUUAUUAAAUUACUUUAUAUGGGAGUUUUAAUGCCAAGAUAGUCCUAACUUAGUCCAUAAGAAAAGGGUUAUAUGAUCCCAUUCUUUGUAAAACAAGCUUGGGGUUUUAAAAUACUGGUGCCAUUUUGUGAGACAGCUUUCACAGUUUACUUCAUCCCAUUUAUCUUACCUGUACCUUGUUUGCAAGUUAUUUGUUUGUUUGUUGUUUCUGCCAUUAUUCUGUGUGCUUUUUGAAGGCAGAGAUUGUUAUUUGCCUUUUUUUUUUUUUUGGAAAACUCCUGUCAUUCAGCAUCUGACACAAAGGAGACAUUUAAUAAGUGUUUAUUGUUGGACAGAUUUAGCCUCACAAGACAGGUUGUGUUAUUUUCCUCCUUCUCUUAAAUAUAGAAACUGAGGCAUACAGAUUAAUCAUUAAUUACAAAAUUAUAAAACUUAAAGUAACAACUAAGAAAAUUCUUUGUAGAAUUUUUUGUAAGAAUUGUUUAACGACUAUGCUCAAAAAGUUAUCAAACUGUGCAUACCCUUUGAUCCAGCAGUGUUUCUACUGGGCCUAUACCCCAAAGAGAUACUAAAGAAGGGAAAGGGACCUGUAUGUGCCAAAAUGUUUGUGGCAGCCCUGUUUGUAGUGGCUAGAAGCUGGAAAAUGAAUGGAUGCCCAUCAAUUGGAGAAUGGUUGAGUAAAUUGUGGUAUAUGAAUGUUAUGGAAUAUUAUUGUUCUGUAAGGAAUGACCAGCAGGAUGAAUACAGAGAGGACUGGCGAGACUUACAUGAACUGAUGCUAAGUGAAAUGAGCAGAACCAGGAGAUCAUUAUAUACCUCAACAAUGAUACUGUUUGAGGAUGUAUUCUGAUGGAAGUGGAUCUCUUCGAUAAAGAGAGCUAAUUCAGUUCCAAUUGAUCAAAGAUGGGCAGAAGCAGCUACACCCAAAGAAAGAACACUGGGAGAUGAAUAUAAACUACUUGCAUUUUUGUUUUUCUUCCCAGAUUAUUUAUACCUUCUGAAUUCAAUUCUCCCUGUGCAACAAGAAAACUGUUCAGUUCUGCACACGUAUAUUGUAUCCAGGAUAUACUGUAACCUAUUCAACAUAUAAAGGAUUGCUUGCCAUCUGGGGGAGGGAGGGGAAAAAUCGGAACAGAAGUGAAUGCAAGGGAUAAUGUUGUAAAAAAUUACCCUGGCAUGAGUUCUAUCAAUAAAAAGUUAUUAAAAAAAAAAAAAAGAAUUGUUCAAAGAUUUUAAAAUAACAGCCAUAAUAAUAGCUACAAUAUAUAAAGCACUUAUUGCAUUUAUAUUUAGCAAACUGAAACAAACAGAGGUUAAGGGAUUUGCACACCAUCACACAAUUGGAAAGUGUCUAAAACCAGAUUUAAAUUCUAGCUUUAGCAUUGUAAGCCCCUUCAACACCAGCUAUAUUUUAUGUAUAAUUGAAAGACAGUGAAAAUACAUCCUUAAAAGCAUAUGAAAUGUAAAAUGGGAGAAAAAUUUAAAAGCUUUCUUACGUAGGGAAAGAAAUUAAAUUUUUGUUUUAAUUCCUCAGUCAGUCAACAAAGUGAAACUGAUGAGGUGCAAAUGAUGAGGUUAGAGGUA